AUGGACACAGUCUUCAGAGGCGACAUCGGCAAAACAGUUGAGGUAUACAUGGAUGACCUUGUCAUCAUGAGCCACAAAGAAUAUACAAUGCUCGCAAAUAUCCAACGCACGUUCGAUUCUUUGCGCAACGUAAACUUAAAGCUCAACCCAACCAAGUGUUCCUUCGGAAUGGAAGAAGGAAAAUUUUUGGGUUUCAUAGUAACAAGAGAAGGGUUCAAAGUAAAUCCAGAAAAGGUGCAGGCCAUCCAGCUAAUGCCAUCACCUGCAACAAUAAAAGAAAUGCAAAGACUCGCCGGACGUCUAGCAGCCUUGAACAGAUUCUUGGCAAACCAUGCGGCAAAGUCUUAUCCAUUCAUUAGCACCCUACAAAACUGCGCCAAGAAAACCCACUUCCAGUGGACGCCCGAAGCAGAAGCAGCUUUCAAGCAGAUGAAAGAAUGUUUAAUUCAGUUGCCGACGCUAACAGCACCACGGGAAAAAGAGCCACUGAUUUUAUAUCUAUCUGCUGCCGAAGUCGCGGUAGGCGCAGUAUUAAUGGUGGAACGAGAAAACAUUCAGACUCCAAUCUACUAUAUAAGCAAGAUGCACACUGGCCCAGAGACACGUUACUCGAUAAUAGAAAAACUAGUCCUAGCCCUAAUACAUGCAUCACGGCGCUUACGUCGGUAUUUCUCUGGUCAUGUCAUCACAGUUCUCACUAAUUACCAUUUAGGUCAAAUCUUAUCCAAACCCGAUGUCGCGGGAAGAUUGGCCAAAUGGGCUAUUGAGCUCGGAGGAUACAAUAUCCUAUACAGACCGCGACCGGCAAUCAAGGGGCAAGUUCUAGCAGAUUUUGCCACAGAAGUUCCUAUCGACAAAGUCCAAGAGUGCGAGGCAAUCCAAAACCCUGUUCCUAUUUUCGACGAUAGGGUCUGGACUCUACACACAGAUGGCGCUUCUAAUGAUGACGGAGCAGGUGCGGGUCUCCGGUUGGUCAGCCCAGAUGACCAUGAACUUACAUAUGCAAUACGCCUGGAUUUCCAAAGCACGAACAACGAGGCAGAAUAUGAAGCGUCCUUAGCAGGCCUUCGCUUAGCACUUAAAAUGGGGGCGAGAAACCUCGAAGCUAACAUUGAUUCAAAAUUAGUGGCCGAACAAGUUAAUGGACACUAUGAUGCAAAAGGAGAGGCUAUGGCGUUAUACCUGGAGCAAGCGCGGAUGUUGAUUAGCCAAUUCCAAACGUUCAGGGUUAAUCAUAUAAACAGAAGCGAGAAUAAGCAUGCGGAUGCACUAAGCAAAUUGGCUGCUACCAGUUUCAAGCACUUAGCAAAAGAGGUACGCAUUGAGGUGCUAUCUAAUCCUUCUGUUCCUCUCAAACAAGUAAACGUUAUAGAAAUCGGCAAUCCAUCCUGGAUGUCCCCGAUCAUCUUAUAUUUGCAACACGGGAAACUCCCGGAAGGAAAGGCGGAAGCCAGGAAAAUCCAGCAUAAGGCAAUAAACUAUGAAAUGGCGGACGGAAUUUUAUACAGAAAGUCAUUCAUGGGGCCGUUACUACGAUGCGUUGACAAAACAGACGCGCAAUACUUAGUCAGGGAGAUCCAUGAAGGCUUGUGUGGGAUACAUGCCAGACCGCGCAUGGUAGUAGCAAAAAUAAUGGACGCAGGCUACUAUUGGUCGGGAAAUGCACGUAGACGCGGUAUAAAUAUUGCGGAAAUGCGCAGCAUGCCAGCGCCACGCACCAAAAACACUCCGGCCAAAGAAUCCACUAAUACCAGUCACGUCCGCCUGGCCUUUCCAACAAUGGGGCAUCGAUCUUGUUGGCCCAUUCCCUGA